AAAGGCCUAAAGCAAGCAAUACAAAAUCCAUAGAAUUUAUUACUACAAGGGAGACAGAUAAUAUGAGAGCUAUCUUCUAAGUGAUAAUGAACUAAUCGGAUAUAGAAUGAAUUAAUACACGGUGCAUUUUCAAACCUAUUAAGGUGGAUAGACACCGAUAAAUUGAAAAGUGAGCUUAUAAAGGGGAAGAGGACACACAGCCAAGUCUCACAGCAGAUUAAGAAGGCUCAGUACGUGACAAGGAGCCAGUGCUGAAAGGUUUGCGGUGAGGAGCAUUGUGUGGUAGAGGAGCUCGAGGGACGCAUUCAAAGUGGACAGAAGUCAACAAUUGUACCAUAGAUUAGGAUUAAUCUAUAGCAAUCUAGUGGCAAAUAUUUACAGAGAAUGGUGAUAAAAGAUACUUAUUAGUCUCACAAUACAAGGCACUUAAUGAAACCACUGUUAAAAGACAUACUAUUAUAAGCUUCUCAAAUGAGAAAAUACCGGAAAUUACGACUAUUGCAUUUGCAGACUGGGAUACAGAAAUUAAAGAUGGAACCUUAACAUGCUACUUUUAGUGCUGGUUUAGUGUAAUUAGACAUGGUAUGCUGAUUUACACUGUCAUUCAAUGAUAUACAGUUGCCUAUAUAGUGAAAUUAAAAAAGAUCUAUUUUUAGGAAAUAAUCAAAUAAGUCUGGAUAGAAAUGAGAUAAACCCUUCUAAUAAGAAGAUUUUAAUAACUUCAUUACAGGGAAAAUUAAGCACCUUAUGAGGAAUAUAUAAGGAUACAAAACAGUUUGUCAUAAAAUUUCAUGUGAGAACAUUACAAAGUCUUAUAAUGACAUAGAGACCUUUGUGACAUCAAAGCUGAAUAUAGCCGUUAUAAGAUCCUUCUACGAUUCUAAAUCUGAUCACAUAGAUGGCAUAUAAACGUUUGCAACCUGUAAGCUGAUCAUUAAUUUUUGAACCUAAACAUCCAAAGGAAACUUGUAUCCACAGACAUGGAAAACAGAUUUCCAUAAAAUGACAUAGGUUAAGAUUGAGAUAAAAAUGAGAGCAAUCAGAAAAAAGUAACAAUUAUUCAAAGAGACAAUUACUAAUAUCAAUACGGAGACAUUUAUCAGUCAAUUAUAAGAUCAGGAUGAAUAUGUGCAUGAGACAGAUUGACAAAUGAUACAAAACGUGUGGCGUAAUAGAAAUCUGCAAGAAUUGUAAUCAGUCACAAUGGGGAAAUUGGCAUAACUGACAAGACUACAACUCUGGCAUAUCAUUUAUCGUACAUAUCAAAAAAACACAAUACUAUGACAAAUAUACUGGAUGUAAUUUUGAAUUGGAACUAAGUAGAUGAACUGUAUAUACUAAAAUAAUAUCAUUUAAUAAAUAUAUACUGAGGAAUAAUCAAAGUAAGUCAUGGCGGACACUCAAACUGAUAUGAUGGCUGUUUAUAGCGUAGGGGAUGUAGGAAAUGUGACAACCAAUCUGGAGAACACAAGUUAUCAUCCUCACAACCAAGGUCCCACAGAGGGGCUGGCUGGAUUAAAGGCAUUUAAUGACUGGUAUACAGGUAUCCAUGGACAUCUCUCAGUGUUUGUGUGCAUUCUUGGAAUAGUUGCAAAUAUUCUGAAUAUAAUUGUACUUACUAGAAAAAACAUGAUCAAUUCAGUGAAUUGCAUACUAACAUGGUUGGCAAUUGCUGAUUUGCUAACAAUGAUGUCAUAUUUACCAUUUGCCUUGUACUUCUACUGUCUCACAGGGCCUGAUGAAACAUAUGGACAUUCAUAUAACUGGGUCGCCUUCAUCUUAUUUCACAAUUGCUUCAGCAUCACAAGUCAUACGAUUGCAAUGUGGUUAACUGUGUCGUUGGCGAUAUUCCGCUAUAUUAUAGUUUGCCAUCAUAGUAUAGGGCCUACAAUGUGUAGUAUGCUGCGGGCAAAGAUCACUAUAACUGCUGUGUAUAUCUCCACGGCAAUCAUCUGUAUCCCACAGUACAUCAGUUAUGAGAUUACGAAGUUGGCACCCAACAAGACAAGUUACAACUCCACUAAUGCUUACUGGUUUGUCGAGUCAGAGAUUGUAAGGAAAACUGAUGGCGGUUUACUCAAAGGGAACUACUGGCUAUACGGUGUAGUCAUAAAACUGACUCCAUGUGUACUCUUAACUGUGCUUAGUAUUUUAUUAAUCAUCGCAAUGCGACAAGCUGAUAAACGUCGACAGCGGUUACUGACGCAAGGCCGACGAGCUGAAUCUGAACGUACACAUGAGAGUAAUCGAACAACGGCUAUGUUGGUAGCAAUAGUUCUGUUUUUUGUCAUAACUGAGCUACCACAAGGCAUCCUUGCUAUGUUAAGCGGCAUUAGUAAUUACAUAUUUAUCAAUGUUUAUGUCAUGUUGGCAGACAUUAUGGAUAUGUUGAUCCUACUCAACAGUGCCGCCAAUUUCAUCAUGUACUGUAUCAUGUCACGACAAUUUCGUAACACGUUUAAGGAAGUUAUCCUUAAACCAUGCAUACAGAAACUACAGAAAGUGAAGCAAAAAACAAAUAACGGUGUGACAUAUAACAGUGUACAUACUAACAAUGUCACCACUCAAAUGACCUUAGUUUGAGGGAAGACAUCAUCACCUUAACAAAUCAUACACACGUUUCUCAAUCAAGACUAGAAAUUUUGCUCACAGAAAAUCUACAAAUAAUUCUGGCUAGUGUCAUGCAACAGUGAGGAUAUCUGGAAUAUCCAUAAGUUAUAAUGCCAUUGUGGAAUUUAUGAGAAAACAUUACUUGUACUGAGUUAAGGGCAGUGUACAUACCAACUUAUGGAAUUAUUAAAACAUAAAUAAACUGUUCACUGUAAAUAUAAAUUUUGUAGAUCAAUGAGCGUUUAUUGCUUUAAUAUGUUUCCAGAACAUUAAAAAUUGCACCAGGAAAUUUUGAUUGAUAAUUAAAAACACAAAGGGCACCAUUUGAAAUUCAAACUUCACAAACCUUUAUGAAUCAUAAGCAGCUAUAAUGUUUAAGAUUGGCCAAGUUGGCUUAACGUAUUGAAAGUAUAAAGCUGUAUUUGUAGCUUUGGGGACUGAAUUUAAUUUUGCACAAUUUGAAUAUUAGCACAAAUUAAAAACAUUAAGAAAUCUAAAAAAAAUGAUAGGGUAGUUGGUUUAUAUCAGAGCGACCUAGUUCCUUGGAAAAUUGUAAUGUAAGACAUUGAGUAGGUGUGAUGAUCACAUAUAAAAAUAACACCUUGCUACAUGUAUAGUUAAUUUUAUCAAUAUUAUGAAUAGAUAUUGUCUUUUGUAUGAUUUUGUGCUUUCUGAUUCCAGUUAUAAUGUUAUAUUCUUUAGCUUUAAGAAAUAUUUUGGGAAUGUUUUUGUAUGAAACAUUAAGGGAAAAAAGUAAAAUACAUUGUUAAAGCUAAUAACAUUAGAUAAAUCAAUAUAGAAUAUAAAUGUAUUCAGUUGUCUUCAAUACCUAUUAAUCAUAAUGUUAUUAAGAAGGCCGUAUAAUCUUAAUCUUGGUUAAGCUCAUUCUCAUUUGUUUUUGAACUUGGCAUUUAUCACAUUCAUGAAUGCGGAAUUCAUCAAUUUCUCUUUGACAUAUUUCGGCAUAUAUUUAGUUAUCAAGGAAGUUGCAGUUCUAAAUAUUAGGCUUUUUGUUUUAAAAGUUCAUAAUAAAUGGUAUCUCAUCAUUUAUAACAUCCCAGUAGAAAUUUGAAUCAAAUUUUCCAAAUCAUCCUUUUUUAUGAGUUGAAUAAAAUAUGAGCAAGUUCGAAAAUCUAAAUGC